AUGCUACCACAGGAGCCUCCUGGACCACCGCCGAGGAGCGCCACACAUCGGCCCAGAGGAGGUAAAGCAAACAGGCGCAAAAUCCGCCGAGAAGCGAGGAUUGCUCAAGAGCUAGCAAGGCUUAACGUGCCAUUGUUGGUUGAUCUCCAAGAGGACGAGGAGGAAACUGCAGGAGUAGGAGCCGCUUCGGUUCGCUCCUCGGCCUCCUCAGCGAGUGCAGCGGCUCUCGCGCCUCCUGUGGAGGCCGAAAGCGAACCGGAGCGCUUCCAAGUUGCAUUUACCCAGGUACGAUCGCUUCUUGAUUUGGAGCCGCCGGGAGAAGUUUUUGGGGUACUUCCGCUUCGUGACGUCUGCAAUUUUGCAGGGGACAAAGAUCGGUUGAUUUUUUCUGGGGGAGAUAUCCAAGGUGAAGGCAGCCAUUGGGACGAUCAGCAAGUCCGAGACUUUAGAGCCUUCAUUGCUGGGGCUGUGUCAGUGGAUUAUUAUCGUACCCUCUCUGUGCCACAAAAGAACGCAAGUCGUGGUGAUAUUCCUGGAACUGAGCGCACCGUGAUCCCGGUGGAAAACCUUCAGUUUUUGGCAACACUCACCAGCAAGGGCUACAAGUCCGUACUUCUCAGCUUUGUUGGUGCAAGAUCUUGCGACGCAUACGUUGAGGACUUGCUACGCUCGGGCGUCUGCAACCUUUUUACUUGCGCCCUGGUCGUGACAAAGAAGACAGGCUGGCGAGGGAAAAGCCAUUAUUUUGCGGACCUUCAGCUGAAACACCACUUUGACGACGCGGAAGAGAUCAUUAAGGAGUUUCGCCAGUGGGGUCAGCCAAUUUCUGAGGUGUCCAGGCAGAAGCCUUUGAGCAGCUACACGGGUGUCAUCGACGAUUUGCUGUGUCAGUGA